UGUCAUUAACAAUGGCCAUGACCCUCCAGAACUCCAGUUCCCUCUGCACCAUUCUCUUGACCCUUCUCUUCAUCUUAACACUCGUCGGCGCCGGCGACAACCGCUUCUCAAGACCCUUGUCUCGAGUCAAACACGGCCUAAAGAAAGAGAAACUGAGCCAUCUCCAUUUCUACUUCCACGACAUUGUCAGCGGUCGCAGCCCAACAGCCAUUAGAGUUGCCCAAGCUCCCACGACCCAAAAUUCGUCCACAGGUUUCGGUGCGGUAGUGAUGAUGGACGACCCCUUGACUUCCGGGCCGGAGCUGGGUUCCAAGCUGGUCGGAAAGGCACAAGGCAUAUAUGCUUCGGCCUCGCAAACAGAGAUAGGGUUCUUGAUGGUGCUGAACUUUGCUUUUAUAGAAGGCGAGCAUAAUGGGAGUACUCUGAGUGUGUUGGGAAGGAACACAGUGUUCUCCACCGUGAGAGAGAUGCCGAUAGUCGGCGGGAGCGGUCUUUUCCGGUUCGCUAGGGGGUAUGCUCGUGCUAAGACUCACAAGUUAGAUCUGAACACAGGGGAUGCUGUUGUGGAGUAUAACGUCUACGUUCUCCAUUAUUGAUCUCGUGAUCGAUUGCCGUACGUCUGUUCGCUUUGUUGAUUAUUUUAAAAUUAAUAACCAAUAUUGUACGUACGUAGCUUAAAAUAAUACGAGAGAAUGAUAGAGAGAUCUAAAUGUAUCAUGAUUCUUUUUUUGGUUAAAAAUGUAUCAUGAUUCAUGAGAUGUAGAAAAUGAGUCUUUUGCAAUUGGACUUGGAGUUGACUUUCAGAGUCAUCAUCUCUU